AAUUGUUUAAAAAUACAGAAAAAAAUAUUUCAGAAAGUAGUAUUAAUAGAGUCAUGCCUUAUAUUAUUCUUAAAAAUUUAUUAGAUCAAAAGUUUGCAAUAGCUACUGAUAAAGCAAUUAUCUUGGAUAACAAGUCUAGAAGUAAAUAUAAAGCAAUUAUCUUAGAUAAUGAAGUAAUUAUAUUGGAUGAUGAGUCUAAAAGUAGAGAUAAAAAAAUUAUCUUGGAUAAUGAGUUCAAAAGUGAAGAUGAAAUUAUUGAUUACUAUGAUAAAGAAAUAGUCAAUUAUAUAAAUUCUUGA